AACCGGACAUUCGAGAAAGAAAACUCCCGUGGCUGUUCAUUUGUGGAACAAGAAGCUGCUUCUUUAUUGAUUCACUUCUGUCCUGUUCCCUCCACUGUGAGCCAGAGGAGUUGCAAGUCCACCCCCUUCUAUUCCAGGCCCGGACUUUGUGCCCAGGUCAAGCACCGCCAUGGGAGUGGAACCCAUGAAUUCCACCAACAUCUACGAUGCAAACGAGGAUGAUUUUGGGUUGGCUAAUAGUUCAGAUUAUUCACUCGACGUUGAUAGCUUUCUGUGCUCCUUGCAGGAGGUCAGAAAGUUCUCUGGGCUAUUUGUGCCACUUGCUUACUCCUUGAUAUGUGUCUCCGGCCUCCUGGGCAAUGUUUUGGUGGUGGUCACCUUUGCUUUUUAUAAGAAAGCCAAGUCUAUGACCGACGUUUACCUCUUGAACAUGGCCGUGGCAGACAUACUCUUUGUCCUUACCCUCCCGUUCUGGGCAGUCAACCAUGCCGCCGGCGAGUGGAUUUUCAGCAACGUCAUGUGCAAGCUGACCCGGGGCAUCUACGCCGUCAACUUUACCUGUGGGAUGCUGCUCCUGACCUGCAUCAGCCUGGACCGCUACAUCGCCAUCGUGCAGGCCACCAAGUCCUUCCGGCUCCGGUCCAGGACCUUGGCUCACCACAAAGUGAUCUGUCUGGUCGUGUGGGUGGUGUCGAUCCUCAUCUCCAGCUCGACCUUCAUGUUCAACCAGAAAUACAAGCUACAAGGCGUUGACGUGUGCGAGCCCAGGUACCACGCCGUCUCCGAGCCGAUCCGCUGGAAGCUGCUGAUGCUGGGACUGCAGCUCCUCUUCGGCUUCUUCAUCCCGCUGGUGUUUAUGAUAUUUUGCUACAUGUUUAUUGUCAGGACCUUAAUGCAGGCUCAGAAUUCGAAGAGGCACAGAGCCAUCCGCGUGAUCAUAGCCGUGGUCCUGGUCUUCCUGGCUUGCCAGAUCCCACAUAACAUGGUGCUUCUUGUGACCGCCGUCAACCUGGGCAGGACGGACCGCUUAUGCAGCAGCGAGAGGCUGCUGGGCUACACCAGGAACAUCACCGAGGUCCUGGCUUUCCUGCACUGCUGCCUCAACCCAGUGCUCUAUGCCUUCGUCGGCCAGAAGUUUAGAAGCUACUUUCUGAAGAUCAUGAAGGACCUGUGGUGUGCGAGGAGGAGGCAGAAGGCGCCGGGCUUCUCCUGCUCCCGCCUGCACUCGGACAACUUCACCUCCCGGCAGAACAGCGAGACCGCGGACAAUGACAACCCGUCCUCCUUCACCAUGUGACGCCGCCCGGGCUCGGCGCGGACGGGCGGGCGGACAGGACAAAAAGGCUCGGGGCGUGUGGACGUGAAGCGGAAGCGAGCGGGGUCUGUCCUGCAGGAUCAGGGCUGCGCGUGCUCGGGGUGCCCGCGGCACACUGACGGGCAGCACCCCCCAAACUCACUCGCCAGGGUUGCUCUGUGCCCGUGUCCCUGACGGCUGGCGUUCUG